AUGUCCAAAUCUGAUCAGAGCAAUACACUUGUUGCCUCAUCUGAGUCUGAAUUCAAUAUUCAAUCAAACUCUGAUGAUGAGAAACUAUUCUGUGAAGACUCUACCAUUUCUGUUGUCCAUGCUGCUCAGAAUCAACUUCUGGUGAAUUUUCUGAUCCAUGACAUUCUGAAUAUAUUGAAUGUCUCUGAACAUGAUGGUUGUGCUGCUUCUUCUGAUGCUGAUAAACAACAUGAAUCUGGCAUAAAACAAGUCAGUACUUCUAAAAAGUCCACCACUACAGAACAAGCAUUUAAAACACUGCUGAUGACACCAUCAUCAAAUUGA